AUGGCGGAACAGCUAGUUCUACGGGGCACAAUGAGGGCUCACACCGACUGGGUGACAGCCAUUGCCACUCCGAUUGACAAUCCUGAUAUGAUCGUGUCAUCGUCACGUGAUAAGUCCAUCAUCGUGUGGACUCUAACCAAGGAGGACCGGAAUUAUGGCGUCGCCCGCCGCCGCCUCACCGGCCACUCACACUUCGUACAGGAUGUGGUCCUAUCAUCCGAUGGGAUGUUCGCUUUGUCCGGUUCGUGGGACGGCGAGCUCCGCCUCUGGGACCUCCAGACCGGAGCCACCACUCGCCGAUUCGUUGGACACACCAAGGAUGUUCUGUCGGUUGCCUUCUCAAUUGAUAACCGUCAGAUCGUGUCGGCUUCUCGUGACAAGACGAUCAAGCUAUGGAAUACCCUCGGAGAGUGCAAGUACACGAUUCAGGACCAGGAUGGCCAUUCCGACUGGGUUUCUUGCGUCCGGUUCUCCCCCAAUACUCAACCUACUAUUGUGUCCGGGUCGUGGGACCGCACCGUGAAAAUCUGGAAUCUCACAAACUGCAAGCUGAAGGCCACUUUGACUGGGCAUUCAGCCAACGUGAACACUGUAGCCGUGUCCCCUGAUGGGUCCUUGUGCGCGAGUGGUGGAAAAGAUAGUGUGAUUUUACUGUGGGAUUUGUCUGAGGGGAAGAGGCUGUACUCAUUGGAUGCAAGUUCAGUUAUUCAUUCACUUUGCUUCAGCCCUAACAGGUACUGGCUCUGUGCAGCUACUGAGUCCGGCAUCAAGGUUUGGGACCUGGAGAGCAAGAGUGUGGUCAUGGAUCUCAAGGUGGAUUUGAAGCAGGAGAGUGAGAUGGCUUCUGAAGACACUACACAUGCCACUAAAAACAAGAUCAUAUACUGCACCAGUCUCAGCUGGAGUGCCGAUGGAAGCACCCUUUUUAGCGGUUACACUGAUGGUGUCAUUAGAGUUUGGGGUAUUGGACGCUACUAG